GUCGUGGCAUCUAGAGGUGAGUGGUUGUGCGUGAAUAUUGCACUCAAGAAUAAUCCAAAUAUUAAUAUACCAAGGAAUUAGCAUCGACUGUUAGAUUUGACCAGGCUGAAAUAACCAAAACUACACCAUGGGUAAAGAAAAGAUUCAUAUUAACAUCGUCGUCAUUGGACACGUAGAUUCAGGAAAGUCCACCACCACUGGACAUUUGAUUUACAAAUGUGGUGGUAUCGACAGACGUACGAUCGAAAAGUUCGAGAAGGAAGCCCAGGAGAUGGGUAAAGGUUCCUUCAAGUACGCGUGGGUACUCGACAAAUUGAAGGCCGAGCGUGAACGUGGUAUUACCAUCGAUAUCGCUCUGUGGAAAUUUGAAACCGCCAAGUACUACGUCACCAUCAUUGAUGCUCCCGGACACAGAGAUUUCAUCAAGAACAUGAUCACUGGUACAUCCCAGGCCGAUUGUGCCGUACUGAUCGUCGCUGCUGGUACUGGUGAAUUCGAAGCCGGUAUCUCCAAGAACGGACAGACCCGUGAGCACGCUCUCCUUGCUUUCACCCUCGGUGUCAAGCAAUUGAUCGUAGGAGUCAACAAGAUGGACUCCACUGAGCCACCGUACUCCGAGUCCCGUUUCGAGGAAAUCAAGAAAGAAGUAUCUUCAUACAUCAAGAAGAUCGGUUACAACCCAGCAGCUGUUGCUUUCGUACCCAUCUCUGGAUGGCACGGAGACAACAUGUUGGAGACAUCCAGCAAAAUGGGAUGGUUCAAGGGAUGGAAGGUCGAACGUAAAGACGGAAACGCUGAGGGAACUACUCUUAUCGAGGCUCUUGACGCCAUCUUGCCACCAUCCAGACCUACUGACAAACCCCUCCGUCUUCCCCUUCAGGAUGUCUACAAGAUUGGAGGUAUCGGAACAGUACCAGUCGGUCGUGUCGAAACUGGUUUAUUGAAACCCGGUAUGGUCGUUACAUUCGCCCCAGCUGGACUCACCACUGAGGUUAAGUCCGUAGAAAUGCACCACGAAGCCCUCACUGAGGCUGUCCCCGGAGACAACGUUGGUUUCAACGUAAAGAACGUCUCUGUUAAAGAAUUGCGUCGUGGGUACGUAGCCGGAGACUCCAAGAACAACCCACCCAAGGGAGCUGCUGACUUUACUGCUCAGGUUAUUGUAUUGAACCACCCCGGACAAAUCAGCAACGGUUACACGCCCGUGUUGGAUUGCCACACAGCUCACAUUGCCUGCAAAUUCGCAGAGAUCAAGGAGAAGUGUGACCGUCGUACAGGAAAAACCACCGAAGAAAACCCAAAGGCCAUCAAGUCUGGAGACGCCGCUAUUGUAAACCUGGUUCCCAGCAAGCCCCUCUGUGUUGAGGCUUUCCAAGAAUUCCCACCUCUUGGACGUUUCGCUGUCCGUGACAUGCGUCAAACCGUCGCCGUCGGUGUUAUCAAAGCCGUAUCAUUCAAGGACGCUACUGGAAAGGUCACCAAGGCCGCAGAAAAAGCCCAGAAGAAGAAAUAACCUGUUUUCGCGUAAAAUUGAGCCGCCGGGUGUAUGCCGGCAUAUAGUAGCACAAGUAAUUUGUCGUCUCUCUUUGAGCCUCUCAUGCGACUAUCCAAGGAAGAUGCAUUCGUUAAACACAAUGACAACAGCCGCCACUACUUGUACAACAUCAUCAUUAUUAAAAAAAAAUUUACAUGGUUUUAAGACUGCGAAGAAUAGACAAACUAAUAAUAAUAAUAUUAAAAGACCAAGACGGUUUAUUAUUACUGUUAGAUGUAAUAAAAUAACCAUGCCAUACUUUUUCAAUAAUAUAUUAACUUGUCCAUCAAAGCGUUCAAUCCGAAACUCUUUUCAUCGAAAAGAAUUCCGUAGGAAAGAACAACGAGAAUUUAUGGCUACUGCUGCUGCAUAACUAAUUAUAUAUUAUUAAUUAAAUUUUGUCAUAUUUGUAUUAUUGUACUUUUUUUUUUUAGGUUUAUAUAUAAAAAAGAAAAUGAAAAAAAAUGAAAAAAAAAUAAAUAAAUAACGCGUCUCCCUUGACACCAUGUGGGCACGAGUGGCAUAAAGAUUGAAUUCAAACUACACGAGCUAUUAUAUAAACACCUGUUUUACAAUUACAUCAAUCAAUAACAUCAUAAUUUAGCUCGGCUUAAUUAUAUUUUCUAAUUAUUAAACGGAAAUAAUAAAUCCUAUAUCUGCGAUACUCGACAAAAACUA